AUGGAGUCUUUCGAACACGCCCAGCUCCGAUCCAAGCAAACAGGCGAAUGGCUCCACCAAGACAAAGUGCGUGCAGUGGCAAGAUAUGACGAUUUCGUCACCAUCGACUGGAUGGACGAUGAGUUGGAGGAACAUCGUGAAAGACUAGCACGCAAGCGUCCAGCGACUUCAUGGAAACAACAGAUAGUACAAAAUGCCAGAACGUGGCUUGUUCUUACAGCAAUGGGAAUAAUCAUUGGCGUGAUAGCGCUGUGUCUUAAUAUCAUCACAGCAUGGCUAGCGCUGAUGAGGCUAGGGUACUGCUCACUGAACUUCUACUUGAGCCAGGGCUUCUGUUGCUGGGGCCAGGAGGACGAAUGUGACAAUUGGAGACCGUGGCUGCUGUUUGGUAUUCUACGGUAUAUCGUGUACAUUCUAUGGCUGGUGGUGUUUCUGGCCAUUGGUGCGCUUAUAGUGAAGCACUUUGCUCCCGCAGCUGCUGGCUCGGGUAUUUCUGAGAUCAAAUGUAUUGUUUCAGGGUUUGUCAUGAAGGGUUUCUUGGGCUGGUGGACGUUGGUCAUCAAAGGUUUGGGCUUGCCUUUGGCAAUUGCGCUGGGUCUCUCUUUGGGUAAGGAAGGUCCAUCUGUGCAUUAUGCUGUGUGUGUUGGUAAUUGCAUUGCAAAGCUUUUUAAGAAAUACCGUCAAUCGGCUUCAAAAUCUAGAGAGUUUUUGACUGCUACGUCUGCUGCUGGCGUGGCUGUUGCUUUUGGCUCUCCUAUGGGCGGUGUGCUCUUCGCUAUGGAAGAGAUCGCGUCUGUUUUCCAGCUCCUGACGUUGUGGAAGUCCUAUGUUUGUGCAUUGAUCGCUGUUGCAACUCUUUCUACGCUCAAUCCCUUCCGUACUGGCCAAUUGGUGCUUUUUGAGGUUUCUUACCACAACACGUGGCACUGGUUUGACCUACCAUUCUACGCCCUCUUGGGUGUAUUCGGUGGUGUCUACGGAGUCAUUGUCUCAAAACUUAAUAAGAGGGUAGCUGGUUUCAGAAAGAAGUACUUGGUGCCCUACGCUGUACACGAGGUGAUCACUCUCGCUAUUUUGAGUGCAGCUUUCUGUUACUUCAAUCAGUUCUUGAAGUACGACAUGACAGAGGUGAUGCAAUCGCUAUUCUACGAAUGCUCUUCUGAGUCCCUGGAUUUGUGCAAGCCUGACUCAGGUCUGGCUAUGCUUUUCUUUUCGUUGAUUUUCGCUACUGUGGGAAGAACAAUUUUGACCAUCGUCACUUACGGAUGCAAGGUUCCAGCAGGUAUUUUUGUUCCCUCCAUGGCUGCCGGUGCCACUUUUGGUAGAGCUGUCGGUAUCGUUGUCGAAAAAUUGUACCAAUACGAUCCUGACUCGUCAGCGUUCAAUACUUGUGCACCUGAUCAGCCUUGUGUUAUCCCAGGAACAUAUGCUUUCAUUGGCGCUGGCGCCGCUUUGAGUGGUAUUACGCAUCUUACAGUCACCGUUGCCAUCAUUAUGUUUGAGCUUACGGGUGCCGUUCGUUACAUUAUUCCUACUAUGGUAGCAGUGACUGUUACUAAAUUAAUUAAUGACAGAUACGGACAAGGUGGUAUUGCAGAUCAAAUGAUCGUUUUCAACGGACUUCCUUAUAUUGAUCCAAAGGAAGAGUUCCGCUUUGACGCGACGGUCGCAGAAGCAAUGUCCACUGUCACCGUCAUCUUCACCGCAGACAGAGACUACUCCGUUGCUCAGAUUUCCACCAUCCUCGAGAAAACUCCCUACAGAGGAUAUCCUGUCGUUAUGUCAGAGCAGCAACCCGAAAUCGUUGGCUACGUGACUAGGUCAGAUUUAGACCAUGUUAUCAGAACUCACAGUAAAGACAACGAAUGCAGCUUCAGGUCUUCGCCUGCUCCCGAAUCAACUGGCGUCGACAUGUCUGGCAUCAUUAACCCAGCCCCAUUCGUCGUCAGCAUUGAUUGUACAUUAGAGUAUCUUAUGGAUAUCUUUGUGCGUCUUGGGCCUCGCCAUAUUCUUGUUCAAAAAGAUGGAUUAUUGGUUGGCAGCAUCACACGUAAGGAUAUCCUCAGAUACGAACACACUACUCAUGAAUUGCAUAACCCUACUACCUACGAUAAUUUAGAUGCGGUGGUAUGGAGCAGAUUCCAGAUGCUUGGUAACUAUGUAUCCUCGGCCACGUCGCGUGCUGGCUUCGAGAGGGUCCCUAAUACUAACUGA